CGUCACCCAGAUGGUCUCAUUAUGAUAGUCUCGUCUGCUGUCUGUGAUUGUGUGUUGUUUAUGAGGGGAUGUAUCAUGAUAAAGCUGUGUUGGGCUCUCAGUUUAUCAUCAGUGUAUGGCCAGGGUCGGUUGAUAGCUGAUAACAAUUUCAUUGGAUCAUUGGAUCAUUCUUUGGAUGUACCCAAGAUAUGAUGAGGAUAACAAUUUAUUCUCAGUCAGUGGAAUGCUCCCGUUGUGAAUAAGUAGGUCAUACUGUACUGGAUGUCCACAAACCAGGCCGGUUCGCCCUACCAUUCCAUGUACAGAUGGCAAUCCGUACAAAAAUCGAUUUCUAAAUUCUAUUCAACCGAAAAAGCAAAAUUUUAGGGAAAUUGGCUGAAUCCGGUAAAUAUUACACUUCCUCAUACCUUACAGAUACUGGUAGAUGUUCAUUGGCGAGGUUGGUGAGAUAGCAAUGAUUCUUACACAACUUGAAGAUUCUUUCCCUUAUGGUAGGAACUUGCUCAUGGAUCACCCCCUCCCCCAAUCAAGCGAGAUUUCCCAGUCGGACGUCAAGGGUAGCCUGGGUAAGAAGGAUGAGGAGCUUUGCCUCAUUUGUGGAGACCGGGCGUCCGGGUAUCAUUACAAUGCCCUCAGCUGUGAGGGAUGUAAAGGUUUCUUCCGGCGCAGCAUCACCCGCUCAGCUGACUAUGUGUGCAAGGAAGGUGGCAAGUGUGAGAUGGACAUGUGGAUGCGGCGCAAGUGCCAGUUCUGCCGCCUGCGCCGGUGUCGUGAGGUCGGCAUGCGGGAAGAGUGUUUACUGUCAGACGAACAGUGCAAGGCUCGCAUGUCACGACGGAAGGUACGUCCUCGGCAGGCAUCACGGGACGUCGUCAAGGAAGAGUAUGAGAAGCAAGACAGCUCACCUGUAUCAUCUGUGGUAUCACCUGUUACCACGGAAACGGGUACCGACAUCAUUCCACAAACCACCAUCAGUGAUAAUCCGAUGACGCUCAUAUGUGAAAAGCACAGAAUGUUAAUUGAAAAACUGGUGACUUUACAAGCCAAAUAUGAAUUGCCCUCAGAAGAAGAUGCAGCUGAAAUAAGUGCUCUUGAGGUGUCCGGCCUUCAACAAGCGGAGCUCAUGUUUGCACAGAUGACCCUUGCUACUCUUCAAACAACCAAACUGGUUGUGGAAUUUGCUAAAGAAUUGCCUUCGUUUCCAGAAUUGCAGGAAGAGGAUAAAAUUGCAGUACUGAAGGGCUCCGCGUCAGAAGUGAUGAUGCUGCGCACAGCCAGGAGAUAUGAUCUGAGGACCCAUUGUAUUAUCUUCUCUAACAACCAGCCUUUCACCAAAGACCAGCUGAGUUUCGGUGGAAUGGAAGAAUUCACGGACUUCAUGUGGCCAUUUUGUAGGAGCAUGGCAGAGCUGCAUACUGAUAAUGCUGAAUUUGCUCUGAUCACUGCAAUAACAAUAUUUUCUGAACGUGAAACCGUCAAAAACGGGAAACAAAUGGAAAAUAUUCAGGAAGUUUAUCUUGAAACAUUGCGCGCCUACACAAAGGCAAAAUAUCAGACGAUCAGCUGCAAUAUGAAUCGAUUCGCCAAGCUUUUAAUGAAGCUCACUGACCUGCGGACUUUGAGUAAUGAACACUUGAAGGUGUUGAAGAAACUCAUGAUCGCCCAGAAGCACAUACCGCCAUUAUUACAAGAGUAUUUUAAUAUAUAAUAUAGCUCUACCAAGUGAAUGUACACGAUGGAAAAAAAACAGUCUUGCUACUUUUUAGUUGUGUGACAACAAAGUUGAAUAACGUUUUUUAAAAGUGUUUCUCAAGACUGGUAGGACUGAAAAAUUGUACCGGUAGGACUUAUGUUGAUUGCCAUUGAUCAAUGCUCACUCAAGUAGUUAUCUUUAAAAGAUGCUGCUCGAGGGCGACAUGUUUUAGACGGGCUAAUUAUCGGAGCAAAUUGAGGUGAGAAUGAAGAGACAUUUUAACAACAACUCUCACUUCUUAGUGAAGAAACCGCCAUCUUUUACCGCCAAGAAGGAUUUUCAAAGUAUUGUUACCAUGACUAAUGGCAAGCAUACUGCCCUUCGGUAUGGUGUAGGUUUUAGGUAGUUGCCAGUUGGUAAAAGCUGAACUUGGAUUUUAGAUUCUUGACACUGGAUGCUCGAUUUCUGUCAUCUGGGUAUGCCACCUAGAUUCCACCAACCUGGCCUCCUGUUCAAUAUUCCGUCCACAGUGGGCCUCAUCGAAUUGACAAAUGGACUGGACUUGAACAGAUUGGGACUUAAUACUUUUAGGAUGGUUGUUGAGAUGAGCUAAAAAUAGAUGCUCCUAUUUUAUGCAUGGGUGGCAGCACUAGAAAAAUAGUGAGAUUAAUAAUAUUGAGUUCUUUAUGUAGCGCUUUUAUGUUUUCCUGUUCUAAGUGCUUUUUUGGAUACCAUGUUAUUAUCACCCCAGUCUCCACAGAAAUCAAUUAGGGGGGUUCAAGGAGCAACCGGAAGGCUAUCACUUGAACUUGACCAGUAGGGGAACCAAGCAGUGACUCUGCCGCGAGUCGAAGCCCACAACCACUUGAUCAAGAGGCUGACUCUUUUCCACUAAGUAUUGCCAAGUAUUGCCCUGUGUUGAUCUUCAUCGUUCCCCCUCUUGAAUGUGGAGUAUGGUGCUUGGGUGAAGGGUUGGACUCCGUUUGUGCGAUGUAGAGCUUGGCCAUGCGGUGUGUGGUCACACAACAAUUGAGAAAAAAGUUUUCAAUUUCAUUUCAAUGGUAUCUUUUUCAUUCAAGAUGUAAAGAGGAAACGAUCAGGACUGGUUUCCUCUUACCGUGCAAGUUAUUUACGUUGCAGCUUGUAAACCCUUUAGAUCCCAACAGGCCGAUAUCCGUCUGUACAUCCCUAACCGGACACUAGCCGCCUGCCAGUACAUUUGAUCUCAAGCGACGCCAUAUUGACUUAAGCAAUGAAACCAGUUUUCGGCCAGUUAGGGAUCUAUUGAUGAAAAAUUAUUGAAAUUUUGUAGCUGGCUUGUACAGGGGGUAUUCUUGGGUGAAAAUUGCUGAAGUGCUCCAGGGAAAUACAGGGAAACACAUAAAAGUGUUCCAGGAUCUAAAGGGUUAACUUUGGUUGAUUCUGUCCCAGUGGAAUUUUAACGGUUGAUGAGGGAACCAUACUAUUUAUCCUAAACUGGAGGCGAGGUUGAUUGAAUCCAGGCAGUGCAAUACAAUGAUGCAAAAUCCAGGAUCCAGUCUGCAUCCUGCUUUUAUACCAACUACCUAGGUUUCAUUGACAAUGCCUUAUCCCCUCAGAUGAUGACAUAUACUAAACUGUUUUACUUGGAAUCUCAGUGUUGGUCAGAUGCUAUCCCACUGAAAUAGGCUCCAAUCCGCUGUACGUCGAUCACGCCUAUGUGCGCCCUCGAAAAAGACCCAAGUAUUCCAGCCGAAUGUAAUUUAGUCUAGUGCGCAGCUCCUGCCCAGACAAAAGCCCCAGCUCUGUAAUGUAUUUUCUCUGUAAUGACCGUGCAUGGAGUUGUUUUUCAGGAUAGUUGUUUUUCAGAAUAGUUGCUUGAAGAAUGGCCAAACUAUCCCGACCGCUAUUUUAAGAGAUGACCAGACGUUCACGAGGCGCAUGCCCUAUACUAAGUUAUUUUCCAAUCCGCCAAUCAUUGUGCGGAUGGUGACUUGUGAUGCCAAGCGUCACGCAGAAAUAAUUAAUAAUUAAGAUAUUUGUUAAUGCUAGUUGUUUACUUUCGGCCCAGCGCAUGAAACGCCAGCAUUUGAGGUCAAUUCAUAUCCCUCUUGUAGUGGGAGAGGCCUGGCCGGUUUACCCAUGUAGUCAUAUGAGAUCAUUUUCAAUAAUGGCAUGACUGCAUUGUCGAAAUGGUUCAUUGUGUAUCAAUGGCAGGAUAUUCUUCAUUGGGAUUUCAAUCCAUAAAAUCCCAGUUGGCUCUAUUUUUAGUGGAUAGAAACAGUUUCAGAAAAAAAUGCUUUUAAAAACUGCUAUUCAGGUUUAAAGGUAACAAGACUUUUUUUUCACACCUUGUAUGUUAUGAAAGAGACUGGUUAACCUUAUUUUACAGUUAAUAUGUUGAUGAUUGACAGAAAAGGUUUAGAAUAAGCCUUCAAUAGCUCUUUCGCUACCACACCUGGUAUAUACUGGUGUACAAGAAAUGCAAGUCCCCCUGGAAUCUAAGUCUGGUCCUUUUGUUGAAGUGAAUUGAGUCGCCGAGUUCCAUCGUUGAAGAUUAUGUAGCUAACCAUAACCAAACCAUUAACCACAUUCGUUGACAAUACACAGCUAUUGUAUGGGGUCCUGCAUUCCUAGGACAUCCAUUCCUUUUACACCGGGCCUGUUCACUACUGUACUGUACUACUGGCCUGCAGUAAUCUGCUAUUAAAUUUGCCCCAAAUUCGUCAAAGUUUUUGGUUGGUUACACCUGAAGAAACAAGAUGGCAGCACUGCCCUCAGCUCACUGCACACCUCGGCCAUUGUCACAUGUAUGUAUACACAUACUAUAUAAUAUAUUCUGUGUGGAAACGAUAUGGAAGACCCUUCAAAUUUCAUCAAAUUUUACUAAAACAAAACUUUCCACAUAUAAAAUCCCUGGGUAUUUUUAGCUCAGCUGACUAAGUCAGCCGAGCUUGUCAAAUAAGUUGUUCAGUGGCGUCCGUCUGUCCAUCCAUCCAUCCAUCCAUCCAUCCAUCCGUCCAUCCGUUAAACCCAUGGUGCACAUUUUGUAACCGUAAGACCUAGAGACUUCAAUUUUGCAUUUCUGGAUACUUCUGAUCAAACUCUACUUUCAAAACAAAAUUUGUCGCCAUUCGACCUACUUCCUGCGAGCGAGAGUGCAUGAAGGAAACUGGCCUAUAUCGGCCUAGGAGCAGCAGAAUUAGUCGAAAUAUGCUCUAAUAUUAAGAUAAAAUUCUUGAAAAUCUAUUUUAUUGAGAAAAAGUUCAAAAUUUUAACAGGAGAGGGCGCUACCUGCCUUUUAAUUAUUUCUGCCGAUUCAAAUUCCCGCCCGAUGACGUCAGCCAUCAAUGAAGUCUCCUAUUUGCCAGUUUUCAAAACAUGGCAGCUACACAACAAAAGCAGUAGCUCCAGGAAUAAAUCACUGUUCACUUCAGCUUCGUAAUCGAUUGUACCCCCACUUUAUUGUGUUUUGUGUGGUGUUCCUAUUCAAUCAACGAUGUAAGGCCUUAUUAUGUUGGUUUUAAUUGAGAAGGUGCAUUAUAAGCGGCGUACGAUAUACCGAAGCGGAGACAAAAUGGCGGCAUGUUGUUUACGCCUGGAGCUCAAUGACACUCAAGUACCAAGGAGGAUACCGCGGUGACGUCACGGCUUUUCCAAGAUGGCGCUGCAUAUUGUAAACAAACUCGAUGAGACAAGACCACAAUUGAUUUUUUAAGCCUUUUAGCAGUUAAAUUGUCAAUGUUUGACCGCGACGCAUCAAAGAACGCGUGGUGUUGUGAAUCUGAAAUUUAGAUUAUGUUAUUCCGGACAGUCGGGCAAGUAAAUGGUGAAAAAUAAAAUGGUGAUUGACCACGGAAAUUUUUUUUUAAUCGACAAAUUAGACAGACUUUGAUAUUUCCACUCUUUUCAGCCAACUGGCAGAAAAAACUCAAAACACGCCCCCUUUUACCCAAUUAGCAAAAUUCGAAAUUAAUUUUUUCAUCAAAUAAUUUCUUUAUAUCUGUAGACUUGCCACAACAAAUAUUUUUUCAAUACCUCUCCAAAUAUGUACUUGAGAGUAAAAAACAUGCACUCGUCUAAUAGAUAGGCCUGGACCCUCCAACCUAUGAAUAUUCAUUAGUGGUCUUGUCUCCGAUCCACGGCCAAGGGAAAAUCAAGUCAUCAAAAAAGUUAGAUUUUUCGCAUCAAAUCAGAGUUAUUAGUACUUUUCUGCUAUGAAAUAAGUCUUCAGACAAUAAGCUAUCAUUUGAAUAAUAAAAAGUGCUGUUUUGAUGGGGAAAAUAGGGUUUUUUAAACCAAAUAGCCGGGCACCGAUCUUCCAAAAUUAGCGAUGGUUUCAAAACAGUCUCCCAGAUAUGGGGCAAUGUCUUCAUUAUCAUAAUGGGAUUUGGAGGCAUGUUUACAGAUUUUACAAGUUCGAGACCUGUAAUACCUAAAACUCGCAUAGAUCCCCAUAGAUCCCCUCUAUUUGUCGAGUUAGCGCCCCUGUAAGAUCAUGCAUUUUCGGACACUAGAACGAAAUCUUCCUGCGGAUAUCGCGGUUUCGGUGAUGAUUUAAGGAGAAAUUGAUUGUUCUUAGAGUUGUAUGGGACAGAAAUGAGUUCAUACUUCAUGAAUACAUGAAUAUAUUAUGAUAUGGGCGGGCUUCUAAGUCAAAACAAUAACAAACUCAACUGCAUCUCUACUGUAUAUUGCGUAGUGCAUUGCCUAGUGUAUUUCGUAGUGUAUUUUAGCGGAGACAUUAUUUCCGCACUUUGGCCACGUCAAACGUCUUUUUUAUUCGUGGAAGUUAAUCUGCUCUGUAAAUUUUAUUUUACACAGGAAGAAUCCAUACUAGGUAUUGCAAUAUUUCAUGUCUAUUGGUGUUUUUGUGUACAGGAGCGCACCAGACAGUGAGACGUGGAGGUUGUGUUCAGUGCUGGUGCUGUCAGUAGACUGAAUCUGAUUGGCCAUAGCGAUCACUAAUAUGGGUCGGGAUCACGUGAUGUGACGUCACCGCGGUAUCCUCCUUGCUCAAGUACCCAAUUUUCUGCUUAAAAAGUAGUAGUCUGGUAGGCGAUAUUAUCACUAGUUCGUUUCAGUGGUAGUCAUAAGGUCGUUAGGGACUACUUUCAGAAAUUAGUUCUUGAAAAUUUGGCCACAUUUCUGUGAAAACGAUAUCGGAAGUGCAUGCUCUGUUCGCGAUGACAUCGCCGAUGUAUUUUGAAGUGGAGAAUUCCCACAGUAUGUGCAGUGAAUUGGCAUGAUUCUGUUCGCCUAUUAAGUUUUAGUUCUACGAUUCUUUCAUGAGUAAAAAGUAGACAUUCUAAGCAAUACAAUAAUGUCACUCCCAUAAAAAUUGAUUGGAAAUUGAGGGAGCUACGGCAUUCUGUUUGUACAAUACCAAAUGGCACAUUUUAGAAAGCGCUCAUUGGACAACGUAGGGAAUCACCAGAAAUGACGUCAUCGCUGGUCUAAAUAGAAAACUACGGUGGCGCAGUAGAGCACAAGAAAAGGUUUAGCAUUAACUUCGUCAUGCAAGCUUCAGCAACAAAACGAUUUCUCAUGAAUGAUUUAUUUGAUCAUCAUCAGCUUGUUUCCCCUGAUAGGUAAAAAAAUGAUUUACAAUUUCCAUCAAAGUUUUCUAUUUUGUGUAUAGUCACAUGUUAUUUAACUGGCAAGGAGCCAAGCAGUUUUGAAUAUUCGCGGGAAAAUACUUCGUACUUGUAAACGAGGCUAUGACAAUGAGUAUCCUCAUUCAUGGCAUAAACUUCAUGUUUCGGUAAAUAUUUUCAUACGAUGAUUUCACCCGAAUUAUGGUCAGGAUUGAGGAAUGAACAGUGGCAUAAUUAUGUCAACCAAAAACAUUCGUACCGUAGUGAACGCAAAAGGAUAUCAAAUACCAUCGAGCAUGCCAUUUUCAUGCAUAAUGAACUGAACACCGGGAAGAUAUUAAUGAUAUUAACUCAGCUGAGCGCCAGGCCCUUGGGCCUCUUGUUGGAUAGCUUUUAAAGACCAUUCAUAAUGAUAUCUGGUAAAAUUUUCUUCAAAAGUUUUAUCAAAUGUUGACUUUGCAGCAAGUUCUUACCAACUGUCCUCAUGUCAAACUGGUAAAGCACACUCCUGUGCGUUAUGUGUAUUGUACUACAAUGUGUAUUGUCUGCAUGUAUUGUAGUACAAUACACAUAACAAUGUACAGGAGCGUGCUUGACCAGUUUGACACCAGGACAGUUGGUAAAACUUCAAUAACACUGCGGAAGCGAAAGAGUUAUUGGAAAGGUUUUGAAGAUUUUUCUUGUCUCAUUUACAUCAAAUAGUUGUACCACAGAAGGAGGGAACAGAUUUUGAUGCUUACUUUUAGGUGAACAAAGAAAUUAACGUCAGCACCUGUCUGUCACCUCUAAAGAUUAUGGGUUCAACUCCCAUUUGGCACUGCACACCUCUUCCUGUGAUAGAGAUGGCGACUCUUUCUGACAACGUAGGUUUAAAGCUUAAACCCCAACUCAGACCUAUAGUUCGAGGUACACGAUUUGCGUCUUGUAGAUAUGCAUUAUAAAGCAAAAUCGUCAUAUCCAAUCCUUUUCGGCGUCGUAACCCUAUUGGAUUUUUGCCGGAGGUAUGGCGUCCAUUAUAUGCUAAUGUCCACCUAUGCGGAAUAUUUUAUUCGCCCUUGCAUAGACACUCGAGGUACAAGGGACCAUGGCUUUUAGUCUCGUCUGACUGACUCGAAUAUUUCAUACGUUGAAUGUGUUGUAAAGAGCCAGGAAUUCUAGUUCUAGUUCAUCCAGAAAUAAUCGAAAUCGAACCCGGGCCCUAUUGCGUGAUAGCCAGCUAGUGUUGACCACUAGGCCAUGAGGCUCAGAAUGGUGGUGUCCCCCCAGAUGACGACAUCUUCCACGGAUCAAGAUAGCCUUGCCAUAGUGCUGUCUAUAUCGGGUGAUCUAAAAAAAACGGGACACUCUGAAAAAAAGUUCACUGAAGCGGAUUUAAAACGAAAAAUUGUGGGAAGUUGGUUCAAAAUUUCCCUUGGAUGAAGUGAGAAGAAGCACUUCAACACGAAAAAAAUAUAUGCCUACCGCAUAGUUGAGGUAAAAGGAGGUCAUUGAGCACCUGCUCAAAUAAGGCAGUUAUUCAUAUCCACUGAAAUCGCAUUUUUGGACUUACAUUCUUGACAUUAGUACUAUAUCAGUGAUAUAACCCUAGCAUAUUGAAAUUUUAAUUGCUUACUUGCAAUAUCCAAAGCUAGAUCGGGGCUGAAUUUAAACAUAUCGAUGGAAAAGUGACUGCGCAAUUGAACUUUCAAAACGGGACUUUUUUUGGAUCACCAGAUAUAUAUAUACUGCAGGCAAAUUUGCUUAAAAUUGGCAUUUAUAGUUUGUACUAUAUAUUCUUUAGUUUUGUACUCGACAGGUAGUUACACGAUUAAAGCUUUCAAAAUUAUGAAAAAAAGGAGUAGGCCUUGAGUGAUGCUAACUUAUAAAUUUAUCAGCAGGAUUUCUUUGUUUAUUUAUGCUUCCAAUGAUUGUUACCAGUGCCAUAGUUUUUAUUAUCUUAAAGGCGAACUGAUAUUUAUAAUAUUUGAGAAAUAACUCUCGUAAAGCUUCCCCACUCUGAUGUGUGCAUCAAUUUUUGUUAACACUUCCGAUCCUGGAACAGUUUUAUGUGUUUUCCUGUAUUUCCCUGGAACAUUUCAGCAAUUAUCGUGCAGUUAAGAUAUAAAGGGUUAAAAUACUUCCAUCGUGCAUAAAGACGUACUAGUAUGUCAUCCGACGUCGACGACAUCACACCUGGCACACCCAAGAGAGUUGUCAUUAUGAGCCAUGGAUUAUACUCAGUCCGAUCCUACAUGGAAGAAAAGGGCACUCUUUCAUGUUUGAAAGUUUUCUAGGUAUGGCGUUAUCCUUCGUAACUGAAAACAUCCCACUGGGCGGCUUGCAUGACAAAUACCGCAGUUUUUUGCAGUGUAACAUUUUAUCGUAAUGUUAAUCAUUAUCAUUAACAAAUGUUAAAAGUGUUAGUUCACCUAUGGA